GGCUUGUAGGCCUAUUGUAAGGCAGGUCCUCAUCAGACAUCACCGGCAACAAUGUCGCCUAUGGGCACAAACCCACCAUCGCUGGACCAGACAGGACUGGCAAAAAGUGCUCUUCACUGACGAGUCGCGGCUUGUCUCACCAAGGGUGAAGGUCGGAUUCGCAUUUAUCUUCGAAGGAAUGAGCGUUACACCGAGGCCUGUACUCUAGAGCAGGAUCGAUUUGGAGGUAUAGAGUCCUUCAUGGUCUGUGUCACAGCAUCAUCGGACUGAGCUUGUUGUCAUUGCAGGCAAUCUCAAUGCUGUGCGUUACAGGGAAGACAUCCUCCUCCCUCAUGUGGUACCCUUCCUGCAGGCUCUUCCUGACAUGACCCACCAGCAUGACAAUGCCACCAGCCGUACUGCUAGUUCUGUGCGUGAUUUCCUGCAAGACAGGAAUGUCAGUGUUCUGCCAUGGCCAGCGAAGAACUCGGAUCUCAAUCCCAUUAAUCUUGUUAUGUUCAUACAAAUAUUUACACAUGAUAAGUUUGCUGAAAAUGAACACAGUUUAGUAAGAGACUGAACUAGUGACACUGAAAGAAAGAGUGGGUUCCGAGAUAGAGAUAGAAGGAAAGAUAUAGAAGCAAAUAGAUAAAAGGAAAGAUAGAAGUAAAGACAAAGAAGUAAAGACAGAAGUAAUGACAGAAGUAAAGACAGAAGUAAUGAGAUAAAAGGAAAGACAUAGAAGUAAAGACCUAGAAGUAGAGAUAUAGAAGAAAAUAGAUUAAAGGAAAUAAAUAAAAGUAAAGACAGAAGUAAAGGAAAGAAAUAGAGAAAUAAAAGGAAAGGCAUAGAAGGAAAGAUAUAGAAGUAAAGACAGAAGUAAAGACAGAAGUAAUGACAGAAGUAAAGACAUAGAAGUAAUGAGAUAAAAGGAAAGACAGAAGUAAAGACCUAGAAGUAGAGAUAUAGAAGAAAAGAGAUUAAAGGAAAUAAAUAAAAGGAAAGACAUAGAAGUAAAGAAAUAAAAGGAAAGACAGAAGUAAAGAAGUAAAAGGAAAGACAGAAGUAAAGAGAUAGAAGUAAAGACAGAAGGAAAGAGAUAGAAGGAAAGACAGAAGGAAAGAGAUAAAAGGAAAGAGAUAGCAGUAAAGACAGAAGGAAAGAGAUAAAAGGAAAGAGAUAGAAGGAAAGAGAUAAAAGGAAAGAUAUAGAAGUAAAGAGAUAAAAGUAAACACAGAAGUGAAGACAUAGAAGGAAAGACAUAGAAGUAAAGACAGAAGGAAAGAGAUAAAAGGAAAGAGAUAGCAGUAAAGACAGAAGGAAAGAGAUAAAAGGAAAGAGAUAGAAGGAAAGAGAUAGAAGGAAAGAUAUAGAAGUAAGAGAUAAAAGUAAAGACAGAAGUAAAGACAUAGAAGGAAAGAGAUAGAAGUAAAGACAGAAGGAAAGAGAUAGAAGGAAAGAGAUAUAGAUUUACUAGAUAGGUUGUAGUGUUUUCAUUGCCUCAUGCCAGCUACAGUACACCCCACCCCACCCCCCCGCCACGCUAUUUAUACACACGGUCCUGCCUCCCCACAUACCACACACACGCACACUCACACACAUGGACGUAAGCACUCACACACGCAUGGACAUGAGUGCUCUCACACACACAGACACGUAACACUGGACAGUGUAGGAUCGCCGAUACAGACUAUGAGAAAGGAACUUACGUGGCUGAACUUGCAGGUCCUGGAUUCAACAGGUGGAUUUAUAGGGAAAGGCAGACAGAGAUAGUAGGACCAGUGAAGAGCAGCACAUGUGGUGCUGUGUCCGGGACACUGAGGCUGUACCAGUGAAGCUGUCCCUGGAUACUUUGCUGCAGAUGUCCAGUUGUCAGGUGCAGGACACCAUGAGACGACUGGGCUCCAACCCAGAGGAGUGCUCUCAACUCACCGUUGCCCUCUCCUGCCUGAAGAAUGCUACUGAGAUAGGUGGGGACAUCAGGGAAGACACAGGAACCUUGAUAACAGAGUCGCCCCGCCGUGAAAGUAACACAUUACCUCCUCUGGACCGUCGCCCCUCCACCCCCGCCACACUACCCUGUGGCCCCAUCCUCAGUCCCCACACCCACGCCCGUUCUGUCUCUGUGACUGUUGUACCCUGUGUGGACGAUAAGGGGCAUAAAGUCUACACAGGCGACAUGACGGACACCUUCCCCUCCUCGUCGCUGCUCCUCUCCAAUCUCCCUCCCUCCAAGAGACGCACCAAGCACCUCCCACGCGCGCCCCCACCCCCCUCCCGAAUGCUGCUGCAGCUCCCCUUCAACAUCACCCUCACACGCAGCAAGAGCCACGAGUCACAGCUGGCCAAUCGCAUAGAAGAGCCAGUGCCCAACAACAAGUGGGGGAAGAAGAAUAAGCUGCUCCUGAACGUGCACAUCAACAGUAGCAGUGGGAACGGGUGUGAAGACUCCGCCUGCACCCCUGGUCCGGCCACCACCCCCUACACCCUCCCAGGCACCCCCACGCUGCUCGAACAUAACCUGGCAUUGCACCGGGGGUCUCCACAGAUAAUGAGGAGAGAUAUCGGCCUCUCUGUAACACACAGGUUUUCAACCAAAUCCUGGCUCUCACAGACAUGCCAGGUGUGUCAUAAGAACAUGAUGUUUGGUGUUAAGUGCAAACACUGCAAGUUAAAGUGCCAUAACAAAUGUACCAAAGAAGCCCUUCCCUGCAGGAUAUCUUUUCUUCCACUCCCGCAAAUCCGCCGGGCAGAAUCUGUACCAUCCGAUAUCAAUAAUCAAAUUGACCGCACGGCAGAGUUACCAAUCCAGUUUGGCACUUUACCUAAGGUGCUAACCAAAAAGGACAACCCUCCCAUGCUGAGUCAGAUGGAUUCCAGCAGUAACCCCUCCUCCACCACUUCCUCUACACCCUCCUCGCCCACCCCCUUCCAGCAGAGCAACCCCCCCAGCAUCACCGCCACACCGCCCCCCAAUCCCUCGCCCGGACCCCAGGGGCCCCGAGACAGCCGAUUCCACUUCCCAGCUGGCUGUUAUUUACAACCUAGACAACCGUUUAUCUUCCCUGACGUUUCCUCUUCACCAUAUCCUGUUGGACUAGACUCUGAAGGCCACCAUGGCACUGGAGACACACAGCAACUGGCCCAAUCAGAACAUCCAUCUCAGGGACAGGAAGGAGGAUCGGAAGAGGAGGCAGAAGAGGAGGAAUACCUAGGAGAGGAGGAUGAGGGAAAUGGUAGCAGGGAGAGCAGAGAGAAGGGCCACACAAACGGAGAGUGUGAUGGGGACGAGUUAGAGGAGCUGCCCAGCUACCGGGGCAGGAUGUCCGGGGGCCGAUGGAGGGGACCCAUCUCCCGUAAGGCCAGCCAGACCAGCGUGUACCUGCAGGAGUGGGACAUCCCCUACGAGCAGCUGGAGCUGGGGGAGCUCAUUGGCAAGGGCCGUUGGGGGAAGGUGCAUAAGGGGCGCUGGCAUGGAGAGGUGGCCAUCCGGCUGCUAGAGAUAGAUGGUAAUAACCAGGACCACCUGAAGCUGUUUAAGAAGGAGGUGAUGAACUACAGGCAGACCCGCCACGAGAACGUGGUCCUCUUCAUGGGGGCCUGCAUGGCCCCGCCACACCUCGCCAUCAUCACCAGUUUCUGCAAAGGUCAGACACUAUUCUCAGUUGUAAGAGAUGCCAAGAACACACUAGACAUCAACAAGACAAGGCAGAUUGCUCAGGAAAUUGUUAAGGGUAUGGGCUACCUUCAUGCUAAAGGAAUCGUUCACAAGGACCUGAAGUCCAAGAAUGUGUUCUAUGACACAAACAAAGUGGUAAUCACAGACUUUGGUCUUUUUGGAAUGUCCGGAGUGGUACAAGAGUACCACAAGAGGCGAGAGAACGAACUAAGGCUCCCUCAUGGCUGGAUCUACUACCUGGCCCCUGAGAUCGUCCGCAGGAUGGGUACUGGGAACCAUGAGGACCGCCUGCCUUUCUCCAACGCUGCAGACGUCUACGCCUUUGGCACCAUUUGGUACGAGCUGCAGGCCCGUGGCUGGCCACUCACCAACCAGCCUGCAGAGGCCACCAUCUGGCAGGUGGGCAGCGGAGAGGGCAUCAAGAAGGUCCUGGCAAAGGUCAGCCUGGGCAAGGAGGUCACGGAGAUACUGUCUGCCUGUUGGUCCUUCAAGCCAAAAGAGCGUCCCUCCUUCACCCAGCUGACUGACAUGCUGGAGAAGCUGCCGAAGCUCAACCGCAGGCUCUCCCACCCAGGACACUUCUGGAAGUCAGCCGAGGGCAAUCCGGGAUUCAAAACGUUGACCUCAAAUAUGGGUGUCACUGACUCACCAGUUCCCAGGAGAGAGAGGAUGAUUGGGUGUCACUGACUCACCAGUUCCCAGGAGAGAGAGGAUGAUUGGGUGUCACUGACUCACCAGUUCCCAGAAGAGAGAGGAUGAUUGGGUGUCACUGACUCACCAGUUCCCAGAAGAGAGAGGAUGAUUGGGUGUCACUGACUCACCAGUUCCCAGGAGAGAGAGGAUGAUUGGGUGUCACUGACUCACCAGUUCCCAGGAGAGAGAGAAUGAUUGGGUGUCACUGACUCACCAGUUCCCAGGAGAGAGAGGAUGAUUGGGUGCCACUGACUCACCAGUUCCCAGGAGAGAGAGGAUGAUGCAGAGAACAGACAUGUUCAUGACUCCCAUGAUGACCUACACUAUGGUGGUAUUCUGGUGGUCUCAAUACACUUCUGCUACUGAUAUGCAGGAUUACAUCAAAAAGUGUGUAAUGGAGUAUACAGUAUGUGCAAAAUGUCAGUACAAACGUAGUACAUGGUUAUUUCUCUUCUAGAACAUUUUGAAACAAAUACAAUGAAUGAAUGUGUGUAUUUGUGGUAUUAUUACUAAAACACCAACAUUAGAAAUAUCCUCACCGAAUCCAGGAGAGACAAAUGGAAGUGUCUAAAGGACAGUGGUAGCCUACAAUUAGUUGUCUUGGGUUGAAGUGACAAUCGGGCAAUUAAUUCGGUUAUGGAAUUAGAAAUAAAAAAUGUGCCAUUGUUAUUACAUUA